AUGGAGAACGGAAUUGGCGAGCACAACGAUCAAGGGGAGAAGCCUCUUCAUGAGCUUCUUACCUCUUCCUUGGUAGACGUCUACGUCGGCCCGGACUCGACGCACUGGUCUCUCCACGAGGAACUCCUCUGCUAUCACUCGCCGUUCUUCUCGUCCGUCUUCCGCGGAGAAGAGGGCAAGAAUGAAGGGAAGAAGAAAUCGCAGGAAGACAAGACCUACAACCUCACGGACGAGGACGCCUACCCAUUUGAGCUUCUGGUAGGCUGGCUGUACUCCAAGUCUCUCCACACGCCAAAGACAGAGAAGGACAUCGGCCCCCUGCUUGACCUGUAUCUGCUCUCGGAGAAGUUGCAGAUCAAGAAGCUCAGCGUCGACGUGGUCGAAGCCGUCCGAGAAUUCUACCACAGCACCUCCACAUACCCGGGCCUCCGUCGCGUGCAGUACAUCUACGCCGAGACGGACGAAGACAACGAGAUGCGCGAGAUGAUGGUCUCCUCGAUCGCGCGCCAAUUAACCACCAGCGACAAGAUCCCCGCGCAUUGGGCGACAGCGCUGAAGCGCAACGGGCAGCUGGCCGUCGACAUUAUCCGCGCGAUCCAGCAAUGGCACAUUGAAGAACGCAGCAUUCCCGACGUCCGCGAGGGGAGCCGCAUCAGGGGCAGACUGCUCAAUGGCAGCGUCUUCAGCGCGGUCGAGCGUGCCGCCAAGUCGCACGAAACCGACGAUACACACGACACGAACCUGGGGGUCGAGAGUCUGAAUAGUGGACCGAGUGAUGCACCGAACGUCAAGAGCGACGCUGAAGAGUAA